AUGACUAAUAUUCAACAACAUCCAAGACUCAGAGAAUACAAACGGUGGUUGAAUGUAUUCCUUUACACAAUCUUUCUUCUGGCUGGCCAAUCUACAGCCACUCUAUUGGGAAGGUUAUAUUUUAACAAAGGUGGCAAUAGCAAAUGGAUAGCAACAUUUGUUCAAUCAGCUGGAUUCCCUUUACUACUUCCACUCCUUUUGUACUUACCAUCGCAAGCCAAAUUAGAAAACAUGGCCAAUAAUGAUUCCUCCAAAACCAAACCAAAACUCCCCAUCAUAUUUUCCUUGUACCUAGCUUUUGGCUUACUUAUGACAGGGAAUGACUUGAUGUAUUCCUAUGGACUAGUAUAUCUCCCUCUUUCAACCUAUUCUAUAAUAUGUGCAACCCAAUUAGCCUUCAAUGCUUUGUUCUCUUUCUUCCUGAAUUCUCAAAAGCUCACAUUUUUCAUACUCAAUUCAAUAGUCCUCCUUACCAUUUCAGUUUCCCUGCUUGCAAUAUAUGAUGACUCUGAAGACACAAAGGGUAUUCCCAAAGGAAAGCUUAUAAUUGGAUUCUUCUUCACCCUUGCUGCAUCUGCCACGUUUUCUUUACAUCUCUCUCUUGUGCAACUUUGUUUUAAGAAAAUUAUAAAGAGAGAAACUUUUUCUGCUGUGUUGGACAUGCAAUUGUACCCAUCCUUGAUUGCCACAUGUGCUUGCAUUGUGGGAUUGUUUGUGAGUGGAGAAUGGAAGUUUUUGGAUAAGGAGAUGAAGGAAUAUGAAAAGGGUAGGAUGUCAUAUGUAAUGACUCUACUUUGGAUUGCUGUGACAUGGCAAAUAUCCUCUAUUGGUAUGUUAGGGUUGAUUUUUGAGGUAUCUUCAUUAUUCUCAAUUGUAAUAGGCACCCUAGAAUUGCCCAUAACACCAAUUCUUGCAGUCAUGGUCUUUCAUGACAAAAUCAAAGGGGUGAAGGUUAUAGCCUUGUUGUUAGCUGUAUGGGGCUUUCUGUCCUAUAUGUAUCAACAUUAUCUAGAUGACCAAAAAGUCAAGCAAAAAAGUUAUGACAUUGAGGUUUCAAAGGGAGAGCUAGAAAUUUGA